AUGGAUUUAGAGUUAGAGGCGCGAUACGGAUAUGCACCUACAACUGCCUCGUCGUGGUUCAGUAGUUGUGUCAAUGUGACCGGCAAACACAGACUCCCGUCCCUCAGGCCUCAGCUCUCUAACGGAGCGAAGGGAACUCUCAAGUGCUCAAACAGUCAACACGGAAAAUUAAACACCUGCGAGUAUUCGGAGCCGGGAGCAUUGCUACAGCCGACAGAGCUACACGGAUUAUCAGUCGAUCAAGGUCAGCUGCAGACCGUGGUGGGAGAGUGUUAA